CUCUUGUUAAUCCUUGAAAAGUUAGAUUUGUAGAACAAAUUAAAAACUGUGAAGUUUGUGAUACAUAACUUCAUCUACAUGAUCUGCUUUGAAUUCAAGUAAAAAGGGAAAAAAGCGAGUUUUUCCAUGAGUCAUGACAUAUGACUUGUUUCAAAUGAUAUCUAAAACCUCAAUUUUCUAUUCCCUUCCUGCAAGUAAUUGAAGUUUUUUAUUCAUCAUUCCAUAUAACCUUGCAAUGCUUCCUUUCUCAAUUCGUAUGAAGUUGUCAAUGGAUAAGGGGUCAUACUUCUGCAUUGCUAAUUCAAAGUAUUUAUCUUUUACAUAUGAAUUACAUUGCUUAUGAUUCUUUCAUCUGUUAUAGGUGGCUUUCAUAGAAAAAUUUGGCAUACAAGUGACACAAUGGUUCAUUUGUUUAUUUCUGAACCAAACUGGAGUUUGGAUGGAGGUGAUGAUUCUGUUAAACGAAGAAUAUCUCUCUUGAAUAACUUAGAGUCCAUAGUCCGCUUAUUGAUUGCAUCUCAAAGUAGAUCAGAGGUACGACUUUGGCUUUGCAAAGAUCUUUCAAGGAUAAGUUCUCUAUCCCGCCGGCAAAAACAUGAGCUCUUUGUGACCUUACUGCGAACCAGCUCACAGAAGAGGGACCUAGCAGCUCAAGUUGUGCAGAUGAUUUUUGAGAAACAUCCAAAAAAAGCAGGGUCUGUCAUAGCUAAGAAAAGCGAUAUGCUAGAGGAUUUCUUUAGAGGAAACCCAAGACGUAUUUUACUUUGGUUCUCAAAUUUUGCUGGCACUGGCGAUAUGGAGCAUAGAAAGGGGGCCAAAGCAUUAUCCCAAUUUGCUUUUGUGAAUCGUGACAUUUGUUGGGAGGAGCUCGAGUGGAAAGGCAAACACGGACAGUCCCCUGCCAUGGUUGCAACAAAACCUCAUUACUUUCUCGAUCUCGAUGUUGAACAAACAGUUGAGAAUUUUCUUGAAAAUGUGCCUGAAUUUUGGUCAUCUCAUGAGUUUGCUGACACAUUAAAGGAUGGUGACAUUUUGUUUAUGGAUAUGAAAUUCUUCGUAAAUCUGUUUGUUAGCUUAAUGUACAAAGAUGAUAUGGAGGAGGUAUGGAGAGUCAUUAACGAGUUUCUAAUGGAAGAACCUUUCUCAUCAUUAUGUUCCCACCUUCUAAUUGUUCUUGACGAGAGGGAACUGUCUGCUUCUUUGGAUUUGCUUCAAGAAUUUCUUGACCCAAAGACCAAACCUACAGAUUCCGGUGAUACAUGUAUGGAGGUCAUACUUCCGAGAUACAGUGGUUCAGAUUCAUUUGAUGAGCUACUUUUGUUGAAUGCUGUUAUAAAUCGAGGGCGUCAACUAUUGCAGCUUUUACGAGAAGACGAGCACAGAGAGGAAGGAACUCAAAUCAAGGAUGUUGUGCAACAGCUUUGCACCUUGUCAACAAAUUCCGAUGAUUUGGGCCCGCUGAUCAAAGAAUGCUCCAAGACAAAAAGCAUAAAUUCGAUAAAAUUGUUAGGGUUGCAAUCUUGGGCUCUUCAUUUUUUCUUGUCGGAUGGGAACUGGCCUCCUGAAGCCUGGGAAUCUUUGUUUAACAGCAAUGACAUAAGUUUUCGCCACUUGGGCAAGCAUGAAUUGUUACACCAUAACGGGUUAGCGGAUGAUGGUGACUCCGAUUCAGAUGGAAGGCGUUCCCCAAGGUCGAAGCGCAAGAAGAAAGGAAAGCAUAGAAAGAAAAGAAGAAGAAACCUCAAUCUUGAUGAUCGCCACAACAAUGAUCUUCUGGAUUUAGAUUUCUCAUAUGACAGGAUGGACUUCCAAUCCAAGGCUAGUUAUUGGUUACUCUCCACAGAUGGAUACUCUACCUCAUGGAGCAGUGCUGAUUUACCAGAAUACUUGUCAAAGCAUUGUUUUUCUCUUUGGUUGAAGUGGGGCUUUUCUGGAUGGGGAGAUUCGGCUUGAUGAUUUUGAGAUGGAUUCAUUCAACAUUUUGCUCCUCAAGUAUGUGAAAGCAAAUAAAUUCUCUUCAGAUAAUUCUUAAGGUUUUGUGGAUCUUGAACCUUGCUACAAAUUUAGAUGGAGUUAUUCUGCUCCUUCCAUGGGAUAACAUACAUUCAUCAUGAUGCUAUCAGCAUGUACAUGCAUACGGAAAUGGUAUCGUGUUGCACAGAUUGAAUGCUCCACCCAAUGGGGAGGGGAAGCUGGUGCAAAAACUGCUUAUACCCUACAUGGGUGCCGGGAGGGUGACCGCUACCCAUAAAACAAAGGUAUGCCAUGCUUCAUCGAGAGCACAUCAUGGUUUAUACUGCUCAUGAAUACAAUGCUGAAAGAUAUACAUAUAGGUAGAUGUAUGCUUGUUUCUAGACUCCAAUUCUUAAGACAGACCAACCAAUUUCUAUUGCAAUUCCUGCAGUUAGGUUUGUUGUAAAAACAUCAUUUCGGGCUUAUUCAAUCAGGCAAUCUUUUAUUGUGCAAAAAA